AUGGAUAUCAUACACCUGGCUGGGUUAUCCAUGCAUCGGCAAUAUAGAACAGCUGCCUCCGAGGCUGUAGUGGGCGUGCCAGAGGACAGGAAGAAGAUCCCCUGGGUAGACGGCGAGACGGUGAUUCUCCUGGAGCUCUGGGGAGACGACACUGUGCAGCAGAACCUGAAGCGCUGCCCGCACAACGGUCACAUAUUCUCAGAGAUUUCCGAAAAUGUUGAUUUCAAGUUCUACGAUAUUUUGGAGCAAAUACUUGAGAGGCAGCCUCCCUCCAGCAGCACAGUGGUGACAGACUUGACCAAUGACAUAUCAGAGGAAUCAAACAGUGACUCACUUCAAGAGUCUACAGAAGCGGACAACUACACCACUUCUGAGAGGAUCACACCAGGCUCGUGGUCGGAUCCUGAGACCCUGGCCCUCAUUGACAUCUGGYGGGAGGACGAGGUUCAGAGGGUGCUGAGAGACUUUGUCCACAACGGCCCUGUCUACAUGGACAUAUCAGAAAAGAUGCAUGACCAAGGGUACUCCAAGACCCCAGAGCAGUGUCGUUGGAAAGUCAAGUACAUGAGGAACAUCUUCCGUCAGUGCUACGACAGAAAAAAGUAUGUGUGUACAAAACAGGUUUAA